AUGGAUGCUGACCAAGCACUGGCACUCAUCACUGCCCAGCUGCACUUGGCCACGGUCAUGUGUGUCACAGGUCUGGAGAGGGGUCGCCAUGUGAAGACUGGGCAGCUAGCAGCAAUCAAAGUGAUGAAUGUUACUGAGAAUGAAGAGGAGGAAAUCAAGCUGGAGAUAAACAUGCUAAAAAAGUACUCCCAUCACCGGAAUAUUGCUACAUAUUAUGGCGCAUUCGUAAAGAAAAGUCCUGCAGGCCAAGAUGAUCAGCUCUGGUUGGUGAUGGAGUACUGUGGUGCGGGCUCUGUCACUGACCUGGUCAAGAAGACAAAAGGGAACUGUUUCAAGGAAGACUGGAUUGCGUACAUCUGCAGAGAGGUUCUCAGGGGCUUGGCACAUCUUCAUGCUCACCAUGUCAUCCACAGAGAUAUUAAAGGGCAGAACGUCCUUCUCACAGAAAAUGCAGAAGUAAAACUGGUGGAUUUUGGCGUAAGUGCUCAACUGGACAGGACUAUUGGGAGAAGAAACACGUUUAUUGGCACACCGUACUGGAUGGCACCUGAGGUCAUUGCUUGUGAGGAGAACCCAGACUCUACAUAUGAUUACAGAAGUGACCUGUGGUCUCUGGGAAUCACUGCUAUUGAAAUGGCCGAAGGAGCUCCUCCCCUGUGUGACAUGCACCCCAUGAGAGCGCUUUUCCUCAUCCCACGGAACCCGCCCCCAAAGUUGAAAUCCAGAAAAUGGUCAAAGAAGUUCCUAAACUUUGUUGAAAGCUGCCUUGUAAAGAAUUAUUUGCAUCGUCCAUCCACUGAGACCUUGCUAAAGCAUUCUUUCAUUCGAGACAUGCAGAAUGAACGACAAGUGCGCAUCAUGCUGAAAGACCACCUGGACAGGACCAGGAAGAAAAAAGGAGAAAAGGAAGAAACGGACUAUGAUUACAGUGGAAGUGAGGAGGAAGAUGACGAGCUGAAUGAAGAUGAAGGAGAACCAAGCUCCAUAGUUAAUCUCCCAGGGGAGUCAACUCUCCGCCGUGAAUUUCUGAGACUGCAGCAGGAGAACAAAAACCGUUCUGAUCCUCAUCGCCAGCAGCAGCAGCUGAAGGACCAGGAGAAGUACAAGAAGCAGCUGCUGACAGAGCGGCAGAAACGGAUCGAGCAAGAGAAAGAGCAGAGAAGGAGGCUGGAGGAUCAUCAGAGACGAGAGCAGGAGCUACGAAGGCAGCAGGAGUGUGAGCAGAGGUGGCCAGAGGCUAAGGCCAUUCAGAGGAAAGAGGAGAGGUGUAAAGAAGACAAAAGGGCUGUGGAAGAUGAACGGUUCAUAGUAGAUGGACAGAGGAAAUCAGAAAAGAAGCAGAAGGUUGAAGGUGUGCAGCACAACAGGAGGGUGCAUCGAACUCUCCCCAAAGAUCAGACACAGCUGCUGUCUCUCCAGCAUGACCACAAGCAGAAGAAGGAGCCUUCCAAGAACUCAAAUUCAGCAGUGCAUCCUCCAUCAAGCAGCACAAGCAAAGAGGCUGAGGACCGAAAAAAGCUAAGUGACGACAUCCAGCCUUCCCUCCAGUGGCCAGCAGUGCUGGGGCACGAAGCCACACCACACACCAGGAUGGGAUCUGGCAGCAGCUCCAGCCCGUGCACCCCCGCUCCACAGAGGGCCAUGUUAGUACAGUGUGAAAAUUUCCAGGCUAGUAAGGAUGUGUACCACAGCAGUUCACUGUCAGAUAUGGUGACGACACCACUCAGCCCUGUGCAGGAUGAUGUAUUCUGGAGCAUCAGUCAAAAUGAAGAACAGCCCCCAAAGGUUCCAGAAAGGACAACCUCUAAAUUUUACAGCAGGGACCAGCCUGGCCAUCAAAGAUGUCUUUCAAGUAACACUCAUCAGUCGUCCCCAGGGGGACAUGCUCUGAAGCUAAACAGCAGCAGCAGCACUCCUGGCAACAAGCAGUGGGAGAUGGGAUCUCAUCAGAGCAGCUGGUCAACCUCAGGGAAUUUAGGACUGGCCAAGGCAGAGAACGCUUUGUCCCAGAACCAUCUGCAGCUGCAAAAGAAGUCUGAAAAAGUUUCUCACCCAGGCCAUGUUGCAAGUCCAGCCUCCUUUGCCAAGGUGAAGGACAGUGCCAACUCAUUCUUAAAAGCAGCAGACUAUUCUUCAUCAAGUGAUGAAGUCAGCAGCAGCGAUGAGGAUGACAUGAACCACACAAGGCAACUGCUAAGCAGUAAAGUGGCAGAUUUCUCAAGGACAAGAGUACCAGAUGGAAUUGAACUGAAACCCCAAAGCACCAUUGGAGAACAGAAGGAACCAAUUUUAGGGAAACAAAUUUCUAGCACCCAAGAAGGCCUCUGGAGCAUAAACAACCAGAACUAUCUCCUGCCAGACCUCCUUCAGCAAAGCCAGAUUUCAGACUCCUCUGUGAACCUACCAAAAGUGCCACUGACCACCCAGGAACCUCAGAACAAACCUCUGAACAAGACCCCGUGCACUGAAAGCACACCUUCAAAGAGCAGUACAUCCUCUACAACAUCAUUUACUUCAUUCAUAGAUCCUAGACUUCUGCCAAUCACCCCUCCCACCAGUCCAGUAGGACCUUCCUGUAGUUCUUCAUCUAGUGCAAAACCUGAGCCUGUCAGGAGAGAAAAUGCACGGAAGGGCUCCGUUGUCAAUGUCAACCCAACAAAUAUUCGCCCGCAGAGUGACAGUCCAGAAAUUCGUAAAUACAAGAAGAAGUUCAACUCGGAGGUCCUUUGUGCUGCUUUGUGGGGAGUCAAUUUACUGGUGGGAACAGAGAAUGGAUUAUGGCUGCUGGACAGAAGUGGGCAAGGAAGAGUGUAUUCACUGAUUACUAGGAGACGAUUCCAGCAAAUGGAUGUUCUUGAAGGACUCAAUGUGCUAAUUACUAUAUCAGGUUAG